GGGAAAUAACGAAAUUCCAGCAACUGAAAACCAAACUAUAGCUGACACACGGCCAGUAGCUAGUCCCGGUUCCAUGUCGUCAUCAUCGGCAUCGUCUUCACCCACAUAUACCAGCCUAUCACAACGAUCACCACAGCCCAAUGUUAUCGAAGGAAAUCCCUACAUACGGAUCGUUGAACAGCCGCAUCCCAAAGGAUUGCGAUUCCGUUACAUUUGCGAGGGCCGUUCGGCUGGAUCGAUACCGGGUAUUAAUUCUACACCGGAUAAUAAGACAUAUCCCACCAUAGAAAUAGUCGGCUACACAGGCAACGUGAAAAUCAUUGUAUCCUGUGUUACAGCCGACGAACCCUAUCGACCACACCCACACAAUUUAGUCGGUAAGGAGGGGUGUGAUCGCGGAGUGUGUACCAUGCGACUAAAGGGACCACCCAUGCGUGCCGUUUUCAGUAAUCUGGGUAUACAGUGUGUGAAGAAGAAAGAAAUAAAAUCAUCUCUGGAGGAGAGAGAGCGAAUUAAUGUCGAUCCCUUCAAGACCAAAUUCGCGCAUAUGGACCAACCAUCCAGCAUUGACCUGAAUAUUGUAAGACUCUGCUUCCAAGCAUUUAUACCGGUUGGGUCGCAGAAAUACUACAAACUCAAGCCAGUUGUAACGGAACCUAUUUACGACAAAAAGUCCAUAAACGAACUGGUUAUAUGUCGACUCUGCAGUUGUUCGGCUAAAGCCAGCGGUGGCGAUACUAUUUUCCUGCUGUGCGAAAAACUACCCAAAGAUGACAUCAAGAUUCGUUUCUAUGAGGAAAAGGAUGGAAAAGUCAUUUGGGAGGACUACGGAGAGUUCCAACAAACGGACAUACACAAGCAGACUGCAAUAGCUUUCAAAACGCCGCGCUAUCACAAUACAGAAAUUGAGAAGAGGGCACAGGUUUUCAUACAGCUUGUUCGAUUCUCCAGUGAACCGGUUGCCAACGGCCAAACACCCACCUUCAGCCAAGUUAGCGAUCCUUUGCAUUUCGAAUUCUAUCCAGAUCCAGACCAAUUUAAGCGAAAGCGUCUUAGAACUGGUGGCAAUCCUAUGCGAAUACUUCAGGAAAUACAGCAAUAUGAUAAAAUGCAUAACAAUAAUAGCAAUAGUAACAUUUCAAUAAACACUACAUGGAAUAUACCACCAGCAUCUCUUUCACCAGCCUCCACACAAGGAACAGUACCAGAAAUUAAAAAUGAGCCCUUUUUAUCGCCGAAUUAUUGUGGAACAUAUAGAACACCUUAUCAAAUGUCACCAUCACCCCAGCCGGCAUCACCCAUGAAUCGCAACAGCAUGACACCAUCGCCAGGUUUAAUGAAAACACCCAGUGCAGAUAGUCAGACUCAAAUGUGUAACUCGUACAAUCAAAUUCAAAUUAACGGCAACACCAACUAUGCCCCAUCUAAUGCCAACAACAAUGACAACAACAAUCCAUUUCUUAAUGGCAACAAAGAUUUUUCGAACAUAAAUCAAUUGAAUACAUUGUCAACCUCACCGUCAACUAAUCCAUUCUACAAUCCAACAAGUGGUGGCAGUAUAACACCACUCUAUCCCAAUGCUAAUAACAAUGGGAAUCUUUGCACCACAUCACAAUUUCCGAAUUUGGCAAAUAUUACCACUCUACCCAACAAUAUAAGUACCUCAUCAUCAAGUGCCGUCUCCAAUCUCAACAUUGUUGGUAAUCAUCAGUUCCACUACCAGUAUCAAGAUUUUCAACAGCAAACACAUGUCCAGCAAAGCCCCCAAAUAAACGACACUAACGAUGCUGUCGUUUCUCUGAACACUCUUUUACAGAUCGACAGCGAUAAUUUCGUUAACAUAAAUUCCGAGGAGUUGCGCCUUUCUAAUUUAUCAAUUUCAACCUAAGGCGAAGCAAUUGAACUGGGACCCUAAACAUCACGGGGCCCAAUUGUGUGCCAAUAGAAACAAAUGCCCCCAAAUGGUCAAGGAAGUCGGAGUUUGUCGAAUAUGAAUCUCAAUUUUGUUGAUAUUUUAUUAUUAUAUACACAAAUGAAAAUCAAAUAUAAAUAAGUUUUAAAUUUAAGUUCAAUACACCAACCCUUUCUUUAGAUUUGCACAAAUUUAGAGGUAGUUGUAAUACAAAUUUCUUCUGUAAGUUUUGUAAUUAGAAAAACGAAAUUCCUAAAUUGUUUUUAAUUAAGUAGACAAGUAAAAAAUAAACUUGAAAUAUAUAAAAAA